CCCUCUGCGGCUGCCGUCGCGGCGUCUUCGACUUCGAGCGGCAGCAACAUGGCGGCCGACGGCCAAGACGACCACAAGGCGGUAGCGGUGGACUUUGUGACUUACGGGACUCCUCUGGAGCCUCUGGAAGAAGACGAGGCCCCGCGUAAGCCCCUCCCCCUCCACGAGCAGACGGUUCGGGAUGAAAAGGGGCGGUACCAGCGGUUCCACGGCGCGUUCACCGGCGGCUUCUCUGCGGGAUAUUACAACACCGUGGGAUCCAAAGAAGGAUGGAUGCCGUCGGCCUUCGUGUCGUCACGGCAACAGAAGGCGGAGAAACAUCAGGCCACGCCCCAAGACUUCAUGGACGACGAGGAUCUGGGCGAGCACGGCAUCGCCCCGGCCCAGAUCACCACCACGCAGCCGUUUGCGUCCCGGGCGGCGACGAUGGCGCCGUGGGACAAGGCCAAGGCCGUCAACGCGCAGACGGCCAUCAUACCGGGAGACAACCUCCUCGACGAACUCAUCGCGCCGGCAAGGUCUUGCAUCGGCGUGGAGCUCUUGACCCGCAUGGGCUGGAAGGCGGGCCAGGGCGUGGGGCCUCGCGUCAAGAGGAAGCCUCGCCGCCAACGCGCCGGCGCCGGCGCCAGGGUCUUUGGCUGCGCUCCGCCCCCUGCCGGCUCUGAGGACUCCGAGGAGGACGACGGCGAGUUCGCCCCCGAGAACGUGACGUUCGCCCCCAAAGACGUGAUUGCGGUGGACUUCGGCGUGAGGGCGGGGCUUCAGGGCCUGGGCUACAGCGGCCUGGAUCCGGCACUGGCGCUGCGCGGCGAGGCCGCCGAUCGUCACCCGGCCCUGUUCUCGCCGCACUCGGACGCCACCAGCAGGCUCUUCAGGGAAACGCCGCGGGGCUCUCGAAGAGGAGGGGGCGUGGCCGGCCAGGCCUUCGGCGUGGGCGCGCUGGAAGACGACGACGACGAAGACGUGUACCAGCGCGACGCCAUGUCCAAGUACGACACCGUGCUGGGGGACGAGCCCGGAGACGGACUCUACGGCUGGACGGCGCCACGCGGCGGCAACGGCGACCACAGAAAGACGCACCACAAGGAGGCGUCGUACCUUGGCAAAAUCCUGGAAGGCUUCACCUUGGCACGCGACUCCCAAGAAAAGAAAAUUAUCUUCGCCGCGCCGCCGCUGCCGGCCGAUUUCCGUCCGGUGCACCACUUCCGCCCCCCGGUGGCCGUGUCGCACGUGACGGGCGUGAGCGCCGCCCUGGCCGAGGCGCUGAGGUCAUCCAAAGGACAGGCGCCCCUACAGGACGCCGCCGCCGCCGGCCGCCACCACAUGGCGUCCGACCAGAGGGGGGCGCUGCUGGGCGAGGCCGCCCUGCCAGGCCCCGCCUCCGUCAUGGAGCUGCUGCGACCCGAAGACCGGCUGCGGUUGCUGCGUUUCCGAACGGCCGCCUCCGUACCUUCCGACCCCCCGCCGCCGAGGGCGCCUCCGUCCGCGGACGCCUCGUUGCGGCAGCGGCAGGAGGAGGCGGCGGCGGUGUGGCGAGGCCGCGACGGCGACCCGCGGGCCUUCAAGCCCUUCGAGAAGAACGCCGGCAAGCAAGCCCGAUACGACGCUUACUUGGGACGACUGCGGCUGGGUGACAAAGAUGCCCUGGAGGCCAGCCUGGACCCUUCCAUGACGGAGUGGGAGCGCAGCAGGGAGAAGGAGGAGUUUGUGCGGGCGUCCAUCUUGUACCGGCCCACCUCCUCCGCGCUGGCCAGCCGCUUCACGCGGGCCAAGCGGGAUGACAAUGAUGACGACGAGAGCGUGGAGGUGGCGGCGCAGACCGAGGGCAACACGGAGGACAAAGAAGCAGCCGUCAAGAUGAAGAUGUUUGGCAAACUGACCCGGGAAACGUUUGAGUGGCAUCCGGACAAGAUUCUCUGCAAGAGGUUCAACGUGCCCCACCCCUACCCCGGGUCGUCCACCGUCGGGCUCCCCAAAGUCAAGCGGGACAAGUUUUCCGUCUUCAACUUCCUGAUGCUGGACCGCGAUGCCGAGCGAGCAGCUCCUCCCAAGGCGGCGCAGGCCACCAAGAAGUCCAGGUGGGACCAGGAGGCGGAGCCGGCCCACGUGUCUGCUCAGCUUUUUCCCCCCCCGAUCAAUUUCACCUCCUUUUUUCUCCUCAUCCUCUUCAGAUGCAGGAAGCAAGAGGCGGAGGAGGAAGAGGACGAAGGUGACGAAGAUGAGAGUGAGGAGGAGGAGGAGGAGGAGGUGCGUCCUCCCAUGGACGUGUUCAAGGCCAUCUUCGCCGGCUCGUCGGACGACGCCGCCGAGUCCUCGUCGUCUUCGUCGGAUGACGACGAGGCGGAGGGCAAGGAGGAAGCCGUCCACGAGCCGCCAAAGAACCUCUUUGACGUCUCGUCCCGCGCCGUCGCCGCGCCCUCCCGGCCCGCAGCCGCGCCUUCCUGCCCGCCGCCGUCCCGGGAAGCGGCGGAGUUCGGUCCCGAGCUUCCUCCCGCCGGUUUCCAUCCCGCCGCCGCCGCCGCCUCCUCGCCGCCCCGCGACAAGAAGCACAAGAACAAGAAGCAACACAAACGCGGGAAAGACAAGAAGAAGAAGAAAACCAAGAAGAAGAAAGACAAAGUGAAGCAGCGAGACGACAAGAGGAAGAAGAAAAAGAAGAAGGCCAUGGAAGAAGAGGACGCAUCGGAGCCAAGCGACGGAGACGGAGAAAGCGUCGCCGCAGAGGAGUUGAUCACCAGGCUGAAGAGCGUGCCAUCGUCGUCGUCGUCGCACCCCCCAUGGCGAUGAUGACCCCUUCCGAACGGCCUCGGCAACUCGGCAAUAAAAAGCAAGUCGUCAACGUU